AUGGCCGCUGAACAAAAAGUCCUCGGCACCCGCCUUCAAGGCAAGGUAGCGAUCGUCACAGGCGGUGGCUCUGGCUUCGGAGAAGCAAUUUGCAAGCGGUUCGCGGAAGAAGGAGCAAAAGUCAUUGUUGCAGAUAUGGAUCCGGUUGGAGGAGAGCGAGUUGCAAAUACAACCCAUCCGCAUUCUAUGCACUUCAUCCAGACAAACGUAGCCAGGGAAGAGGAUUGGGAGCAAUUGAUGGAGAACACGCUGGCGAAGUGGGGACGAGUGGACAUCUUAGUCAACAAUGCUGGCACAAGCUACAAGAACAAGCCAACGGUAGAAGUCACCGAAGACGAAUUCGACAAAGUCUUCGCCGUGAACGUAAAAUCCAUCUUCCAUUCUGCCCGCCACUUCAUCCCAAAUCUCAUCAAUCAAGGAGAAGGUGGCUCAAUCAUCAACAUCGCUUCCAUUGGCGCAACCAGACCGAGGCCAGGACUCGUCUGGUACAAUGCUAGCAAGGCUGCUGUUACAAAUGCAACAAAAGGCCUGGCAUCCGAAUAUGGCGAGAAGCAAAUCCGUAUCAACUCCGUCUGUCCUCUCUUGAGCGGAACUGGCUUAUUCGAAGCCUUCGCCGGCGUCCCCCCCACCGAAGAGAACUUCAAGAAAUUCCUGUUCAACGUCCCACUCGGACGCUUGACAGAUCCCGUUGAUGUAGCGAACUACUGUCUGUUUCUGGCCAGUGAUGAGGCAAAGUUCAUUACCGGUACCUGUUUGGAGGUUGAUGGUGGAAGAGGCAUCUGA